ACUUGCGUGCAAUAAUGACGUAGAUUUGAAGCGACUCCUGCUACCAGAACCUCCGUGUACCUCGCAUGUGAAUGUCGGCUGCAUGUACUGCUGGAAUAGCCUGAUAGGUGUCCAGGUCCUGUGAGAUGUUGGCGUUGGCUUUCAGCUUGUGAGAUCAGUGCUACCUGCAGCCGCAACGUUCCAGAUGACCACCAGACUCCUGGGCCGUUGGGCCCGCCUCCUGGCGACACGGUGCCCUAUCGGUGCCUCUUCAGCAGCUGCCCACCUUUCUCCUCGGCUCGCCCCGGAGGAGUCAGCGCGUGUUCAGUCCUUGGGGCUGCAGCUGCAUUCCCAGUGGCGGGCGAUGUGUGAGGGCCACAGCCUGAUCAAGGAGGACGACAAGGACCUGUCGGUGAAGCAAACGGAGUUAGAACAACUUGUUGGAAAGGCCGGCAGCCCUGAGGACGUCUUGCAGUUGUGGGCAGACAGGGGCGGCGGUGCCAACCAGGCUGCCAUCGGCAUCAUCAGACUGACAAAGCUCUCAGUGGAAAAGGGUGGCUUGGACUGCAAAGAUCUUCUACAUGAUCACAGGCUGCUGGACAUGCUGAGCAAGGUUUCCUCUGAGGUCGCAACGGUGUGGAACGGCAAUCUGGUGUCCCUCCUGCGAUCGCUGUCCCAGCUGGGCGUGGCCCCGGGGGCGGUGGUGAUGCACACGCUGCAGACGGAGGCCCUCUGGCGGGUGCGGCGCUUCACCUACAGGCAGCUGGCCUUCCUGGCAGACUGGGCCAGCUCCAGGCCUGGCUCGCAGGAGCAGGAGCUCCAGAACAACGUGCUGAAACAGCUGGAGCUGCGCUGGACGGAGCUGGCCGACGCCCGCACGGCCAGCGUGCUGAUGGCCCGGGCAGGGCACCUCUCUCCCUCGCUGAUGGACAAGCUGGAGGACAAGGCUCUGGAGCUUGCAGAGAAGUUUAACGCGGAGGACAUCCGAAGGGUGGCGCUGUCGUUGGCGUCCCAGGGCCGACGCUCGGUGCCCCUGCUGCGCGCGCUGUCCUACCACCUCCAGCAGAAGCCGUCCACGGAGCUGAACACGCCCCUGCUUUUGGACGUUGCUUUUGCCUGUGGAAAGCUAAACUUCAAGCAGACCCAGGUGUUUCAACGAAUCGCAGCAGAGCUCCUGCCCAGAAAGGCGGAGCUUAGCUCAAGUGAUGUCAUGCGCUGCGCGAAGUCCUUCGCUUAUCUCAAGUGGCUACACCUUCCCCUGUUCGAGUGCUUCACCGAGCACUAUUUGGAGAAUAGCCAGAAAUACAGCACCAUGCAGGUCUGCAGCCUGCUUCUGUCUCUCGCGCGACUCAACUUCCAGCCCAGCAAAGCCGAGGAGUUCUACGGCAAGGUGCAUGAGGCCCUGGAGGGAACUGUGAAGGACCUGGAGCCAUACCUGCAGACGGACUUGGUCUGGUCUCUGUGCAUUUUGCAGCAAGCAAAGCCCCAGUAUCUGCAGUCUGUGCUGGACCCCAUCUUCCACAGAAAACUGACAGGUGGAAACCCCUCUCGUACAGAGAACUACCGGCUCAAACUGCUCCACAUCGCUGCCACAGCGCAGCUAGAGAACCUGUGUCCCUCCGAGGCCUCGGCUGUCCUUAGCCAGCCUGUUUCAGCCUUAACCCAGGAGAGCAGAUCCACACCGCUCCAGACCAGCCUGAAGGAGGCGCUGCAGAGUCUGACGGAGAGCAGCGGAGGGACCUGCCGCGCUGGAGUCAACACAAUAUACGGGUGGACAUUAGAUGGGGAGCUGGUUGUGGACUCAGACAACAAGCCGAUGGACCUGCUGGCCAUAGAAGCUCCUCACCUCUGUGUGGGUGGAGGGGGCUCCCCGAUGCCCCAGGGGGCCCGAAGGGUUGCGUUCCUGGCUGGAGAAUUCCCAAACUACAAUUCCAGAAGUAAGGACCUGCUGGGGCGCUUCGCAAUGCAGAGACGCCACCUGCAGCUGGCCGGCUUCCUUACUGUGGAGGUGCCCUACUUCGAGUGGCAAGAGCUGAAAAGCGACUGGCAGCGGGUGGCGUACCUGAAGGAUAAAUUGGGGAAGGCCGUGGCUGAGGAAAUGGCUAAAUAACCCACAAGCCGCAGCUUGUUCACCUCCAUAGGGGAAAACAACGAAACCAUACUACACAUUAACAGAAUGCUGCCCCAUCAGUUUUUUUUUUAAAUACACAAGCAAGCCAGGACUUUCCCUUCCAACACUUUUUCUGAGAGAGCACCCGGGUCACUGGUUGCCCAGGCAACGCUUGGGGGUCUUCCCUGUUACCAUGGAGAUAGCUGUAAAAGCAUUCCUGCUUCUGCAGACUGGAGGGCGGGGAGAAUAGAACAAGCCCAAAUGGUGGGAGAGAUGAUAUGCUUUCUGAACCCUCUAAAACAUUUGUUUGGUGCGCUGAGCGAGAGGCGGGGGUCCAAUUUGCAGCUACACCCAAUAACCACUUUUCAAUCUCAUCCUUGGCUCCUGAUUUCAACUACACAUGAGAAAUAUAGAGAUUUUAACAUGAAUCGGCGCAAUACACAAUUUAUUGCACUAUAUAUUCUGAGUGAAUUGGUAUGCCCAGAAACAUAUGAUUUCUCUGUCUGUUUUUAGAUCAAUAUGUAAUUCUACACCCUAUCUUCCCAACUAGGAGAUGGUAGAGUCUGUUAUCUUGGCUGUUGCUCAUGUGCAGUUUUUUCGAGACUGCAAUGAGGGCCUCUGUAGACCUGGUAGUAUCACUUCUAUUAAAGUCCACAUUAGCAAACACCUAUUGGGCAAAUUGUUACAAAAACGUUCUGUAAUGAUUUAUAUGACCUUAUCCUCAGCCAAAAUAUAAUUUUGUCAGCCGUUCUCAUGUUAUGUAAUAUUGUACUCUGGAAAGACUUGGGUGGACUACAGUGAGGACAUAUUAUUGCAGAAUAAGAUGGAUCUUGCUGUACAGGCAAGAUAUUCAUGCUAAUACAAUAAAUUUCAAAUAAUUAACAAACAGUUUUGAAACAGGAAACCAUACGUGUCCUGUGCUGUUGCUGGGCUUGUGUACAGACCAGCUUAAAUCCUUGCUGUUGGACGGCAUUCGGAGCAGCCUGGCUUUAAGCUAAAUUUCAAAGAUGAGCUCCGUGCAAGCCUCCUGUCUGGUUCCUUGGUCCGUACGUCUCUUCCCAAAGCCGCACGUCUGGGCCAGUCUCGGCAAGUCCUCCCGAAGGUGCAAGAGUGCGAAAAUCGUCAUGGUGGCGCUUCAUCAAAGGGAUCCCAUAACUGUAAACAGAAUAUUAAUUUAUUUUUUGGCACUGCCAUCUCUAUGGCUCCCUGACAGGCUCUUGCUGGCCCGGGGCUCUCCAGCAUGUUUGUGUACCAGAGGGCAGCAGAAAGAAAUGGAGUGAUGAGUGUUGCACUGCGUGAUUGUGUGUUCGGUGAUGCUGGAAUCAAUGAUUGGCUUAUAACUGUGGAAUAUGGUCGGUAAUAAAUAAUGCUUGUUUUUGA